UUUGUUAUAUUUGUGCAUAUUAUAAUGUCUGCUUCAUUUAAAAAUGAGAAAAAGAAAUUUAAUCAAAGUGAUCUUCGGAGGUUAAUGAAUGAACAUAAAGGGAAACAGGCGAAAACCACAAAGAAGAUUGAAUCACCUUUAGCAAAGUACAACGAAUCAGGUCAGCUUACAUGCAUACUUUGUAAAUCAGUUGUGAGAUCUGAGUCAGUUUGGACUGUUCACGUAAAUGCAAAACAGCAUAAGGAAAAUGUGGCAGCUGCAAAGCAAUUGAAAGAAAAAACAAAAAAUUUCACAACUGUACCAACGCCGGAAUCAUUCAAGAGGCCAGCAUCACCUGUAAAUGCAGGAGAGCCAAAAAGGUUAAGAGGAAUUUUAAAAAAUGGAACAGAAUCAAAUAUACCUAAUGACUUUUUUGAUGAUACAAGAAUAAAAACAGAAACAAUAGUUGUCAAAGAAGAAAAAAAUGAAGAUAGCGAAAAAAAUAAUAAUGAUGACCAAAAAAUGCAAGUCGAUCAUCAUGAAGAUCCUUUGCCUGAAGGAUUUUUUGAUGAUCCAGUUAUGGAUGCCAAGGCAAGAAAUCAAGAAUAUAAAGAUCCAAUUGAAGAGGAGUGGGAACGAUUUCAGAAAGAAAUGAAAGAACAGACUUCUCUAUCUGCUGCUAUAAUUGCAGAAGAUCAAGAAGAAGCAACAACCGAAAGACAAAUUGAAGAAAUAGAUGAACAAAUUCGAAAUUGGUCCAGAGUAUUGGAUCUAGAACGCAAAAAGGAACUGUUAGCUCGUAAUGCUGAUACGAAAAAGCAAGAAGAAAGUGAUUCAGAUGUAGAACUAGAAGAAACGGAUGAGUUUUUAGAUUGGCGAGGAAAAAAGUCUUAUAUUUAAUUUACUUUUAAUUAAUAUUUAUAAUUUUUUAUACAGUUAUAUACUUUAGAAUAUUUGAUUUGUAUUAGAGUA